GAGAAAAGAAAAUUCUUUUUUCCCGAAAGAAAGAGGAAGAACAUUUGUCAUGAGGAUAUUUGUUUCAAAAAACCCAACAAAAGGCAAGUCAAAUUAAAAUCACAGAAAAUUCUGAGUCAUUAGUAAAUAAAUUUGGAUUUUGGAGUACUCGAUUACUUAUUUCCCUAAUUAAUAGUAUUAUAAAAUUUUAUUAAUUUACUAAAUACGUCCUCAGCACCUUCCCUUAUCCGCUAAACCCUUCUUCAUAAACUCCCCCAAUUCGACUAAAAUUUUAACCUUUGACCAAAACGAAGAAGAAAACCCAGAAGAAGAAGUAGUAUAAAAAGGUAGUUCUUCUUGGAUUCACUUUUUACCGCGUCUCCCUGGAAAGAUCGGUUCCAUUAUUCAUUGUCCUCAUAGGAGAAUCUUUUGACAAAGGCACAAAAGAAAACAUUAUUUACUGUCACCCCUGCGGCAGAUACACACAGAGACUAGCGAAGCAUUGAGCACGUAUCCGGAACUUUCAAGUUGGGUUUUUUUUUUUUUUUUUUUGCUUCCAGAAAAUUGACGUUAAUCCUCCACUUCAAGAAAUUUUUUGUCGGCGGCAAUGAUGGAUGUUGAUCCUCGGCAAUACGAGAACUUAGUAAGUUACCUUUUUUUUUUUUUCACGAAUGGUUGCUCAUCCGAGGCUUUGUUUUUAUGUUUUCUGCGAUGUUUUCUUCGUGAAUUUGGGUUCUUCUUUUCCUUUUUUUCUGUUGGGUUUUAGUGUUGAUGUUGACUUCCUGGGAGUCACUUGUGCGCAAUUUCCGUUUGGGCUCCUUGGGGAAUUUGGGGUUUCGAUGACGUUAUGCCACUCGAAUUUCGAUGACAUUUACUUUUGCUGUGUUUUUCUGUUGUAGCCCCAAAAAGAUGACAAAUUUCUGAUGCAGUACUGGUUUGUCUAUUGGAAAAUUUUGCUGGCAAAUUUUAUUAGCAAAGCCGUAGCUUUCUUUAUGGAAUCAUAUUUUACUUUUUGUUAAAUGAAAAAUUGAGGUAUAGGCAUGGUUAACUAUCUAGACAUUGGUAUGGAGCAAGGAUCAGCAUAUAUUUUUUAUUGAUUAAUUAUGCUUAGGGGUUGAUUGUUGUUAUAGUAAAAUGUCUGAUGUUUAAGGAUCAUUGUGCCAAGGGAAAAUGUUCCAUAGGGUAUGUAGGACGUAUUCCUUGCUGCCCCCUUGUGUCUGCACUUUUUGUUUGUUGGAUGGUUAAUGCUAAAGAAAUCUAAUCUUUCAUUGGUGUCUGUGUCGCAUGGUUAUCCUUGGUAAGUCCACUUUUUUGUUAAAAAAUGGUAAAGUCUUUGUUUGUCUUGGAGUCUAGGAUCCUCAAGUUAUGACAUUUCCCAUAAUUUAAUCACUUGUAUGAAAUAUUUAGCCCUUGAUCAAAUUGGAUACGCAUGUCAUCUGAGUUAAUGUUUACGGACGAGUAUCUAGGUCUAUUACCACUUCUUCGCACUUGAAGUGCUACAACUGCAAAAUGCUAAUAGUUUGAUCCUCUUUGUUGUUCCAUUUCAUGAUUCACAAAAUUCUUUGGGAUCUGAACUAUGUGGAACAAGCAAAACAAACCUUGCAAGUUGCGAUCGUGUGAAUUGUUAUAUGGUUCUGACAUUUUACCGUUCCAGCCUUCUGGGGAUAUCCAAACCUUUAAUAUCUUUCCUGAAAUUUGCAUGACCUUUUCUCGGUGCAGCAUUCCACAUGUCAUUUAUAUAUUCAUAGUCAAUGCAAAAACACAUUUGGAUGAUGGUUGUAAAAGUUUCUGUCGUGUUAUUGUUGUUCUGUGGUAAAGCUCUAACGUUUGUAUUCUCUAUCGUAAUGCUUUGUUGGCAGGCGGUAAAGGAGAGUGAUAUCCAUAACGUUGUCCUAUCUUAUCUAGUGCAUAAUUGCUUCAAUGAAACUGUGGAAUCAUUCACAUCUUGUACUGGGAUGAAGCAGUCUGCUGAUAGUCUUGAGAGCAUGGAGCAAAGAAAAAAAAUACUUCAUUUUGCCCUGGAGGGGGAUGCUCUGAAGGCAAUUGAAUUGAUCGGACAGCUUGCGCCUGAGUUGUUAGAGAAAAACAAGGAUCUACAUUUUGAUCUUUUAAGCCUUCAUUUUGUUGAACUUGUCUCCUCCAGGAAAUGCACAGAAGCACUGGAAUUUGCUCAAUCAAAGUUGACUCCUUUUGGGAAGGUUCAGAAACAUCUUAAAAAGCUUGAGGACUUCAUUGCUCUACUGGCUUAUGAAGAGCCCAAGAACUCUCCAAUGUUUUAUCUUUUAAGCGCAGAUUACCGGCAGCAGGUUGCAGACUUUUUGAAUCGAGCAAUUCUUGAACAUGCCAAUCUACCCAGCCAUUCUGCACUGGAAAGGCUGAUACAGCAGACAACUGUUGUUAGACAAUGCUUGAGCCAAGAAUGUGGCCAGGAUUUCCACUUAUUUCUGUGGCCUAUUGCUUAUUAUUUGUUUCCUUGUGAAUUCCUAGGAAGGGCAUACACCAUUUUCCUUGAAGGACUUCAUUAA